AUGGCUAUAUGUACAUGUGUAAGGGUGCCUCUCAAACUGCAUCCCGUGCUAUCCCGUACACAGUAUCUAUCACUCCAUACCCCCCUCCCCCCACACACUCAUCUACUCAUGGCACUCAGCAUAAAACAAUUCAUUAACGGCGCAGGUAUGCUCAAAGAUCUGAAGAGCUUCAAUUUCAGCGUCUACGGUCAAUACUUCGGAUACAUCAAUAUCAUACUAUGCAUGGCUCUGGGUAUUGCUAAUUUGUUCCAUGUCAAUGCAGUCAUUGCCUUUGGCAUUGUCGCCAUAGUACAAAGUCUUGUCAUUCUGUUCAUUGAGAUUCCUUUCCUUUUGAAAAUAUGUCCCCUCAGCGACAAUUUUGUCAACUUUGUGAAAUACUUCGAAACGAACGGCUGGAGAUGUCUCUUCUUCACAGGAAUGGCAAUCGUACAGUGGUGUUCACUUAUUUUGAAAGUAACAAGUCUGAUCGUGGUUGCAAUUGGUCUUUCAAUUUCAGCUGCUUUCUACGCCAUUGCAUUCUUCAAGAAACAAGAGUUUCAACAUACUUCCAACGUCAUUAAGAAUCCAACUGACGACGACUUCCCACACGAAGCAGUCGUCAGAGAAAUGUUAUGA